AGAGGGCCCUGCGUGGGGUCUCCGCAGUGGGGAGAACCGCACAGCACCGGCUUUGGCCCUGGAGAGUUUGCAAAAGCCUGGCUGGAAACUUUUCCCCCUUCAGGCCCAGCCGGGCUGGAGAAGGAGGGUGUCGCAUCCGCUGGUGCACCCGCCUCGGAGCGGGCCGGGCAGCCUGCUGGGCCGGGGCUGUGCCCCGCCGGUGCCAUGUGGCGAGGCCUUUCCGCGGGGCACACUUCCUGCGCCCGCCGCGGUGGAUGCGCCAUGUGUCGCGCGGGCCGGGGACCCCGCGGGGUUCCGAGGCUGACAGCGGUGGGACAGCGGCGAAGAGGCGCUGCGCCUUCUGUCUGGUUCCUGUUUGGGCUCCAGCCUCUGAAAAGCAUCUCCGAAAGGCCAAGGCAAACACCGCUGUCGCUCCAAAUAACUCCAGGAUUGUGGGACCCCAUGAAUAAUUGGAGAGGGGGCGGGGGUGGGAGCCGUUUGAAGUGCAAAGUUGUUUUUGUGUCUGGGAACGCUUUUUCUUUGCUUUCUCUCUCUCUCUUUUUUUUUUUUUUUUGGUUAGUACCUGUCUGCGCUGGUGGUGUUUCCCCCCUUUCCCCUGGGAAGUCAGUAACUGUUUUAUGGCCCUAGGACUCUAAAGCAAUUUAAGUUAGUGGGCCAGAAGGCUUGGUGGGGUUUCAGGAGGGAUAUCUUGGACUUACUAAAUUGUAGGACCUGCUUUACUUCCCCUAUAUCUUUUUAGGCCUCAGAAUUGAUACUUUGAAAGUUUUUUGAGUAAGAGCGAUGGAUCUUAAUGUUGAAUCAAAAUUAUGUUAGGAUAUUCAUCCUUACCCUAUUCUGGAAAAUCACGGCUAGAGUUUAAGCAAGAUAUGGUCCGGAAAAAGAACCCCCCUCUGAGAAACGUUGCUAGUGAAGGCGAGGGCCAGACCCUGGAGCCGAUAGGUACAGAAAGCAAGUCAUCUGGACAGAACAAAGAAUUUUCUGCAGAUCAGAUGUCAGAAAACACAGAUCAGAGUGAUGCUGCAGAACUAAAUAAUAAGGAGGAGCAUAGCUCGCAUGUCCAAGAUCCGUCUUCCAGCGGCAAGAAGGACGCCAAAAGCUCAGUCCCGGGUGAGAAGGCUGGCUUCAAUUAUGAAAGCCCCAGCAAGGCAGGCACCCUUCCGUCCUUUCCGCAUGAUGAGGUGACAGACAGAAAUAUGUUGGCUUUCUCAUCUCCAGCUGCCGGGGGCGUCUGUGAACCGUUGAAGUCUCCUCAGAGAGCAGAGGCAGAUGGUCCUCAAGAUACGGCCUGUGCCCCAUCAGGGGACUCAUCGGAGACAAAGGAAGAUCAUAAGAUGUCACCAAAGGCUACCGAGGAAACAGGGCAAGCACAGAGUGGUCAAGCCAACUGUCAAGGUUUAAGCCCAGUUUCAGUGGCCUCAAAAAACCCACAAGUGCCUUCAGAUGGGGGUGUGAGACUGACUAAAUCCAAAACUGACUCAGUGGUGAAUGACAACCCAGACCUGGCACCUCUGUCUCCAGAGCUUCAGGACUUUAAAUGCAAUAUCUGUGGGUAUGGUUACUAUGGCAAUGACCCCACAGAUCUGAUCAAGCACUUCCGAAAGUAUCACUUAGGACUGCAUAACCGCACCAGGCAGGAUGCUGAGCUGGACAGCAAAAUCCUGGCCCUUCAUAACAUGGUGCAGUUCAGCCAUUCCAAAGACUUCCAGAAGGUCAACCGUUCUGUGCUCUCUGGUGUGCUGCAGGACAUCAGUUCCUCAAGGCCUGUUUUACUAAAUGGGACCUAUGAUGUACAGGUCACUUCAGGUGGAACAUUUAUUGGCAUUGGACGGAAGACACCAGAUUGCCAGGGAAACACCAAGUAUUUCCGCUGUAAAUUCUGCAAUUUCACUUAUAUGGGCAACUCAUCCACUGAGUUAGAACAGCAUUUUCUUCAGACUCACCCGAACAAAAUCAAAGCUUCUCUACCCUCCUCCGAGGGCACCAAACCUUCAGAGAAAAACUCUAACAAACCCAUGCCUGCGCUUCGACCCGGCGAUUCUGCAGACUUGGGGAAGUGGCAGGACAAGGUCACUGUCAAGGCGGGAGACGACACUCCUGUUGGCUACUCAGUGCCCAUCAAGCCGCUCGACUCCUCAAGACAGAGCAGUACAGAGGCCACCAGUUACUACUGGUGUAAAUUUUGUAGUUUCAGCUGUGAGUCCUCGAGCUCACUUAAACUGCUAGAACAUUAUGGCAAGCAGCACGGAGCAGUGCAGGCAGGUGGCCUUAACCCGGAACUGAACGAUAAGCUUCCCAGGGGCUCUGUCAUUAACCAGACCGAUCUAGCCAAAAAUGCAGAAGGAGAGCCGAUGACCAAGGAAAACAAGGGCCUGGGCGGGACUAAAAAGAAGGACUUCUCCGCCAAGGGAGCGGAGGAUAACAUGGUCACAAGCUACAACUGUCAGUUCUGCGAAUUUAGGUAUUCCAAGAGCCACGGCCAGGAAGUCAUUGUGGUGGGGCCGCUCCUGCGUCACUAUCAGCAGCUCCACCACAUCCACAAGUGCACCAUUAAGCACUGUCCGUUCUGCCCCAGAGGGCUUUGCAGCCCCGAAAAGCACCUUGGAGAAAUUACUUACCCGUUUGCUUGCAGAAAAAGUAAUUGUUCCCACUGUGCGCUCUUGCUGUUGCACUUGUCUCCCGGGGCCGCCGGAAGCUCGAGAGUCAAGCAUCAGUGCCACCAGUGUGCAUUCUCCACCCCUGACGUAGAUGUGCUCCUCUUUCACUACGAGACAGUGCAUGAGUCCCAAGCGUCGGAGGUCAAACAGGAAGCAAAUCAUCUGCAAGGACCGGAUGGGCCGCAGGCUGUCAAGGACAGCAAAGAACACUCAUGCACCAAAUGUGAUUUUAUUACCCAGGUGGAAGAAGAGAUUUCCAGACACUACAGGAGAGCACACAGCUGCUACAAAUGCCGCCAGUGCAGCUUCACGGCUGGCGACACGCAGGCACUACUGGAGCACUUCAACGCUGCCCACUGCCAGGAGCAGGACGUCAGCACCGCCAACGGCGACGAGGCCGGGCCCGCCUGUGCCGUCAAGGAGGAGCCCAAGCUGGACCUCAAGGUCUACAGUCUGCUGGGCGUGGACUGCAAAGCCGGGGAGCCCGCGUGCGAGGGCGCGGUGAAGCGGGAGCAGCUGGAGGACAAGGACGCGCUCAGGGAGAAGGCGUGGGCCGAGGGCGCGGGCGAAGACCUGCGCAGCGUGGCAUGGCGCGGGCCCGAGCUCCUGCGGGGCAGCCCGUCCUUCGCGCAGGCCGGCCUGGGGCUGCUGGCGCCCGUGCCCAGCUCGCAGGAGCAGCCCAAGGCCCUGCGCGACAGCCCGAGCGUCGAGGCGGCCCACCUGGCGCGGCCCCUGUACGGCCUGGCGGCGGAGACGAAGGGGUUCCUGCAGGGGGCGCCCGCGGGCGGCGAGAAGGCCGGGGCCCUGGGCCCACAGUUCCCGGUGUCCGGAGAGAGCAAGGUGAAGGACGAGUCGCAGUCGCUGCUACGGAGGCGUAGAGGCUCGGGUGUUUUUUGUGCCAAUUGCCUGACCACGAAGACCUCUCUCUGGCGAAAGAAUGCAAAUGGUGGAUAUGUAUGCAACGCGUGUGGCCUCUACCAGAAGCUUCACUCGACUCCCAGACCUUUAAACAUCAUUAAACAAAACAACGGUGAGCAGAUUAUUAGGAGAAGAACAAGAAAGCGCCUUAACCCGGAGGCACUUCAAGCCGAGCAGCUCAACAAACAGCAGAGGGGUAGCAGUGAGGAGCAGGUCAAUGGAAGCCCAUUAGAGAGGAGGUCAGAAGAGCAUUUAACUGAGAGCCAUCAGAGAGAAGUUCCACUCCCAAGCCUAAGUAAAUAUGAAGCCCAGGGUUCAUUGACUAAAAGCCAUUCUGCUCAGCAGCCAGUCCUGGUCAGCCAAACUCUGGAUAUUCACAAAAGGAUGCAACCUUUGCACAUUCAGAUUAAAAGUCCUCAGGAAAGUACUGGAGAUCCAGGAAAUAGUUCCUCUGUAUCUGAAGGGAAAGGAAGUUCUGAGAGAGGCAGCCCCAUAGAAAAGUAUAUGAGACCUGCAAAACACCCAAAUUAUUCACCACCAGGCAGCCCUAUUGAAAAGUACCAGUACCCACUUUUUGGACUUCCCUUUGUACAUAAUGACUUCCAGAGUGAAGCUGAUUGGCUGCGGUUCUGGAGUAAAUAUAAGCUCUCUGUCCCUGGGAAUCCGCACUACUUGAGUCAUGUGCCUGGCCUACCAAAUCCUUGCCAAAACUAUGUGCCUUAUCCCACCUUUAAUCUGCCUCCUCAUUUUUCAGCUGUUGGAUCAGACAAUGACAUUCCUCUAGAUUUGGCGAUCAAGCAUUCCAGACCUGGGCCAACUGCAAACGGUGCCUCCAAGGAGAAAACAAAGGCACCACCAAAUGUAAAAAAUGAAGGUCCUUUGAAUGUAGCAAAAACAGAGAAAGUUGACAGAAGUACUCAAGAUGAGCUUUCGACAAAAUGUGUGCACUGCGGCAUUGUCUUUCUGGAUGAAGUGAUGUAUGCUUUGCAUAUGAGUUGCCAUGGUGACAGUGGACCUUUCCAGUGCAGCAUAUGCCAGCAUCUUUGCACGGACAAAUACGACUUCACAACGCACAUCCAGAGGGGCCUGCAUAGGAACAAUGCACAAGCGGAAAAAAAUGGAAAACCUAAAGAGUAAAACCUUAGCACUUAGCACAAUUAAAUAGAAAUAGGUUUUCUUGAUGGGAAUUCAAUAGCUUGUAAUGUCUUAUGAAGACCUAUUAAAAAAUACUUCAUAGAGCCUGCCUUAUCCAACAUGAAAUUCCCUUCUUUUAUUCUCCUUUCUUUUGUUGAGUAGGUUACCAAGAUUUAAAAAUGAGACAGGUGUCAGUGAGAAAGAACGGAAGGUGGUAAACAAUCAUUUUUAGAACUUAGUUAAGUCAAAGCCAUCUUGGUGGAUAUAUACUGGGGAAAUGAUCCACACAGAGUCCCACCAGAUUAUAUAAAAGGUAAAAAGAUAAAAACUGUCUAGAAUGUGAAAGGGUUUACAUAUUACAAUACAGAAACAGUGUUGGGUUGGCCAUUGGCCCAUUUGUUCAAAAACCCAUACAUUGUGUCCUCAAUUCAGAGGUAUCAUGAAAUUGGAUCUUGACGGGGAGGGAAGGCAAAUGCUCCCUCUCAAAUUGGUCUCCUCUCAUUGACUGUGUUUCAGACUUGGACCUAGAAAUGAGGAUCUCUGGUUAGGCUUGGUGAGAGAGCAGCAAGAAAUGUGACAGAAGGGUGGCACGAUGGUUUUGGCCAGCCCUGCCUGUCCAUGCACAUGCGCACCCUCUUUGAUAUUUUUGUCCCUUAGAUGUUCGAGUAGUAGUCCUUUGUUUGCAGUUUAGGUUCAUUUCGUCCAAAUAUAUUCCUGUUUUUUAAAAAACAAUGUCCUCGAUGCUUACAUAGUAAUUUUAUUUUAGCCAGACAUGUCUUUCUCAUUUAUGAUGAACACGUUUGGAUUUUUUUCCCCCCUCCUGUCUCACUCGGCACAUUAUGACUAAAGCAGUCCCCUCAGUUUAAAAGAAUAGGUGGAUGCAAAUGUCACACCAUGGGUUUCAUUUGCUUAGAAUACAUGGUAUUUCUCCACAAGGUAACCUGCUGUAUUUAUUUAUUUUCUUUUGGUUAAAUAUAAUUUCCAAACUUUGUGGUCAGGCAGCGUCUAAGGUUACAUUACCACAGACUGACAGUUAGUAUAUGUACCAAUCAAUCCCUUCAUUAGAUUAUGCAGGUUUAGUUAAGUAGCAUUAAAUAGGAUUCUUAGAAGUAUGUCUUCAUAGUACUUUUAAUACUUAAGGCUUUGUAAAAACUAUCCAUGAAGGGAAAGCUCCUCAGCAUAACUGCUCAGGGAAAUAGGGCUAAAUAACUGAACAUUAAAUAAUUGGUUAAAGGUGCUGUUAGUCGAGCCUCAAUGCUUGCUACAAGGAUGUAUGUACAAGGACUGACUUUAAUAAUUUGCAUUAUAUUGUCCCAACCAGUAGUUUAUUUUUUGCCACGGAGAUGUAGAAGAUAUUACAAGCUACUGGAUGCACUGUCAGAUUAACUUAUUUCGUUAAAGAAGUUGGGAGAACAAAUAGGAAAAAACUUAUUUUUCUAGUAAAUAUUAAUGUAUUACAUUUCAAAUAAUGGUGCCUGACAUAUUGAAUAAAUAUUUUCUACAGUGUACGUAUGCAACAAAGAUAUUCCAUCAUGCAUUAGAGUCAGUACUGGCUCUGCCUAGCUGUUUACAUUUGCAAAUGUAGCAAACAAGGUAAUGAAGCAACUAUUUCUAUUGCAGUAGAUAUCUUUUUGUGUGUGUGUGUGUGCAUUAAAGUUGUAAACGGUAACAUGAAACAAAUGAAAGUUCUUGAUAUAAUGGUAUGGAAAACAAGAAGGAAAUGAAAAUAUUUUUAUGCCUACUUAGGAAAAAAAGGGUAGCACUAUUCAUUCCAAGUACUUUUUUUUUUAAAUUUUUAAGCUCUUAACUCACGUUGUUAUGCUUAAAAUGAUAAACAUAUAUCCUCUUUUUAUUGCUUUGUCUAUGUUUCAGAGGAAACAUUUCAGAAAUUAUUUUGAUGAGUGUUGCUGGAAUUUGCAGCACUGAUGUUUUUAUUGCAUUUUGUAGUCGCAUUUGCACUCCAUUUUUACAUUAAUUCGCAGUUGCUUUGUAUUGUUUUGUUUUGUCUGGGUUUUGUUUCUCACAGCGCUGGGUCUUCGUUUCUUUAAAGUUGGAUGGCAGGUAGAGUUCAGUCAGUUCCUGUUGUGUGAAUGAAGUUGAAAAUAUCUUUCUGAUGUUGUCUUGUCAUUUCCAUUCUUGCAUUUUCAUUUUUCAUGAACAAAGAAAAAAAGGAAAAAAAAAAAAAACGAGAGAAAGAAAUCAGGACUAAGUCCUCUGCUUCAGUUUCAUUGUUAAAGGGCCUAUUCUGAUCUCACCUGUCACGUAGCUCUAAUAGUCACAUAAUCUGAAAUAAAGAGGUGGAAGGAGGAGCUCUGACAUCCAAAUGAUUUGAUAGAAUGUGUUUUAGGAUUUUUGAUGCAUACGUCUCAAAGUAAAUAGAUCCAAAAGUGACAAAGAUCUUUGUUAGAGAGAUUUCCCAAACAACAAUUCGUUUUCUUAUUUUAAAAGAAUAUAAAAAUGCAAUGUAGCAAUUCUCGAGCAACAUGAUAUGCAGAAUGCUCAAAUCAGUGGCAAGCAGACAAACCUGAGCAUGAGACUAAGUGGCCGGUAACACCAGAAGUUUAAGUUGGGCAACGUUACAGGUAUUACUUUUUGGGCAAAACUACUUCUUCAGCAUUUUAUCCAGUGUGUCAAACAUAAAUAGGUUGUUCAUUAUUGGCAUGUAUGCCUUUGUUUUUCAUUCUGUUUUGUUUUUUGUUUUUUGUUUUUUUUUCAAACAGGCGUAGUAGUAAUGACGAGCAUUGGAAAAUACAUAUCACUUUUUGGGGGAAUAUUUAUGUUCAGUCUACUUUCCGUAGAAUAUUCUUUGAUAGCAUUGGCAUGAUAGAUCUUAUUCCAUACUCCUUUAUUAUUAAUUAUUUUAUUUUCAUUUUUGCUUUCAUUAUUAUACAUAUUCUGGUGGGAAAGAAGUUGGACUUUUUAAAAAGGAUAGAAGUUUAUCAUAACACUAAAAUACUCCCUUAUUUUUGGAUGAAGUUAAAGCCUUUGUUCCAUCUUGCAAAAUAUAUUAUAAAAAUGUUUUCUAUUUUUUUAAGAUUUAAGAAUCAUUUUGUCUUAAAUUGUGAAUGAUUUUAAAUGAGCUAUUUAGGUACUUAACCUUUUUCUGAAGAACUUUCAAGAUAAUUUAGAAAUUUUCCCCUCUUCGAAAAGGCUUCCCUUGUCCUGUGAUGAAUACUAUAAGUCAGCUACAAUUGUUUGCCACAUGAAACCUGUAGGUCUUUUUCAAUUACUUGUCUAUAGUCCAAAUUGAGCUUUGGCUCAGACUUAAGGCCAGGACCAGUUCAUGCAUUCUUCCUCUUCUUUUUCUUGCUCUUUUCUCAUCCUUGCUCACCCCACUCUUCUUACAGUUGUUUGGGAUAGAAAAAUCGUAAAGAGCCAGCCCACCUCGGAAGAUGGCAGGUCGCGAGAGACACUACAGGACACUAAGUAGACGAGGGAAGGAUGGAGCUCUCUAGUCCAAAAAGCAAAGAGAGCCCAGUUCUCGCUACAUGACAUAUUGAGAUGUUCUUUUAAAACUCCACUUUUAAGAUAGUGAUGUUCUGUUCUAAGCUGUUCUGUUUUAGUAAAGAUAGAUUUUAGAAAACAAGCGUGGGGAUUCUUUUCGAAGGUAAUAAUGAGAAGAAGAGAAAAGGUGAUUAUCUUUAAAGAGGUCUUUGUUGAAGCCUGUGGUAGCACAUUAUGUUCAUGAUUGCACAUGUGCACGUAAUCUAUUAUGAUCCAAUGCAAAUACAGCUCCAAAAAUAUUAAAUGUAUAUAUAUUUUUAAAUGCCUGAGGAAAUAUGGUUUUCUUAAUAAAUUGAAGAAUAUCAAUACUGCUAUUAAAAUAAUUAUUAGCCUCCUGCUGUGUGGUUGCAAAACAUCACAGAGUGACCUGUCCCGGAACUGCCAACUGCCUGCCUAUUUAGCCAAUGAAAAUGAACACAUUUCUAUAUGGGGGAGCAUCUGCUGUCCAGCGUUGGGAAUGCGAAGUGAGGAAGCUGGUGGUUACACUACCUCUGGGCUGUAUGAGAGUCUUGGCUAAAGUUGAGAUGUGUUCACAACUACCUGUCUUUGGGUUGGAGGUCAUGGGGAAAAAAAGCCCUAAAAAACAACAAACAACUCAAGGCAUCUUUGGUAAGCAAGACAAAGGAGAAAACUUGAGGAAUCAAAAUGCAACCUGAGUAUGAAACUCAAUGUACUGACCAAAGGUAGGUGCAGUUAGGUGGAAGCUAUUAGCAGACAGCUGAUCGUAACUGAGAAGAGGACAGAAAGACAGGCGUCUGCUCUUGGAGUGUUAUUUUUUCCAAAGAAAGACUUGGCAGAGGACAGAGGCAUGGCAUUUUUGCAUUGCACUUCCCAUUGGCUGUCCAUUUCCAGGACAGAGUGAAUUCGCCUGUUCUUAAUAGCAGGGCAGUUGUUCAGACAUCACCUCCAGUUAUUUGCAGUAAUUAGAACUUUGGAAGAUACCAGGGCAGAAGUGUUUCAAGUCAGGGAUGAAGAAGAUGUGAAACAGAAGCGUAAUCCACAUGUGGGAACUGGAUAAUGUAUGUUCCCGUGUUGUUCUCUUGAAAAGAAAGGGAGAGCUGUAAGCUUACUCUGGCCUACACCAGAAGAAGGUGAGAGUAACUUUACCAUGGACACAGUGCUUCGCCUUCGUUAGAGAAAAGGGUCCCAAAGGGUCCCUAAAUCCCCAACCUGAAUCCUGGUUUUACCCCUGGUUAUUUCUUCGAUACCUGAACUGCAGCAAAUCACUUUUUCUUUUUGUGCCUCAGGUUCCUCAACUAUAAAGUGGAAAAUAUAUUAAUAAUAUUAAUAUUAAUAUUAAUAAUAAUGGUAAUGUAGUACUUGUUUGUAAAGCACUUUGAGAGCCUUGGUUGAAAGGCACCAUAGGAGUGUCAAGUAUUAUGUGGCCAAGGGGAUUAUUUAAAUUUAGUUCCCAAGGGCCAAGAAAGGUUGGGGUCAUUUUUGUUAAAGAUGAGCUGUAAAUAUUAUAACUAGACAGCCUAUAGUGUUGACUAUUAAAAAGCAAAACUGUUACAAGGCUGAUAAAACCAUGGUUUAUUAAUGGCUACCAACAAGGCAAAUAUCACAAUAACAAAUACCAAAUUCCUUAGGAUGUACUAUUUGACAACAACAUUGAUAAUCUGGGGGGAGGGACAGGGGUGGGAAACAUCUCAAAAUGCCAAUGUAAAAUUAACUUACAGCAAUAUUCACCAGCAGAAAAUGUCUUUCAUAUGGAAUGAUUUCAUGUUGCUAAGAAAAAGAAUUCAAUUUGUAGUCCUGAUUUGAACAUUAGAAUGUUGGCUAUAAUAGUUCUGUUCUUACAACACAUGGGAUUUUUUCGUUUUAUUUUAUUUUGUUUUCAUAGUGCAUGUUCAUUUCUACUCACAAACAUGUUCUUGGUGUAUUUCUUAUGCAAACAAUCUUCAGGCAGCAAAGAUGUCUGUUACAUCUAAACUUGAAUAAUAAAGUUUUACCACCAGUUAUA